AUGUUUGUUCACGAGCCGGGGGAGUGCACCAGGACUCGGCUGGAGCUGGUCCUCAGAUCCCUCCGAGAUCUGGACCAUCGGCGGGUCCGUCAGAUGGUUCUGGUCCGGUCCGCGUUAGACCCAGGGGGAGUCCAGAUGGCCACCAGUGAUGAUUCACCAGAACCAGGACUGAUCCAGGACCAGGACCACAGGAACCAGGACCAGUGGGAGGAGAACCUGCUGCAGCUGAAGCAACAACUGAGAUCAUUGAAGAUUCGCGACGCUGGACUCGUGUCUCAGAUCCGAGACUUAGACCGACAAAUCCUUGAGCUGCGAUUGGACGCUGACUCGUCACAUGUCCUGCCCUCUGAAAGCCCCGCCUGCAACAGUCGCUCCAGCUCAGGUUUCUACGACUUCAGCGAAGGCCUGUCGCUCUCCAACUCUUUGUUCAGCCUGAGCUCCACCCACGACCCGGAGACCCCGCCCCCUUCUACAGAAGUCCCUCCAACCAGUAUAUUUGGCCCUCAGACUCUGCUCUGCUCCUUGCCCUCCCCCUCUUCCUCCUCCCCCUCUCAGCCUCCCCUCUGUCUCCUGGACUCCUACAUCUUGUCUCUGCUCCAUCGUCGGACUCCCACUUCUCGCCCGAAUCAGCCCAGAACCACCACCCAGCUCCUGCUCCAUCACCAACCUCAUGCUCUCUCCCCCUCUUCACCCAACCCCAGCAGCUCUUCACCCAACCCUUGCGGUGCUUCGGGUCCACACGCUGGUUUUGAAAUGAGCCAAACUAGUCCGGAAGUUGCAGAAUCCACACUGAGCAAAGGACAUCUCUCGCCACACACAGGCGAUGGAACUGAGGGGAACAUGUUGAAACCUCGCAGACGAGACCAACUGGGAAUGAAGACCCCUCAGAGUUUGGACCUGGAUCAGAAGGAGGAUCCGGUUCUUCGAGAGGAAGAGAAGACAGAGGAAGAGGAGAGGAGCAGAGGAAGACCAGGAGGCUUCGCGCACGUCUGGCUCUGUUCGAUCCACGAGACGUUCUUCAGUCAAACACAGAGCGCCGAGGUCACAGGAGCGGACUGGCAGCCGACGAAUCAGAGAGCUGUGCCGCAGUGA